AUGGCACCUUACGAGGCGUUAUAUGGAAGGCGAUGUCGAUCUCCCAUUGGGUGGUUUGAGGCUGGUGAGGCUAAGGUAUUGGGUCCAGAUCUUGUGAAGUCAGCGAUUGACAAGGUUCAAUUAAUUAGGCAAAGAUUGCUAGCAGUCCAAAGUAGACAAAAGGCUUAUGCAGAUAAAAGACAUCGAGAGUUGGAGUUUUUAGUAGGGGAUCAUGUGUUCUUACGAGUAUCACCAAUGAAAGAUGUUUUAAGAUUCGGGAAGAAAGGAAUAUUGAGUCCAAGAUAUAUUGGGCUAUAUGGGAUACUUGCUAGAGUUGGUGUUGUUGCAUAUCGUUUAGCACUUCCACUUGAGUUAUCUUUAGUACAUUCAGUCUUUCAUGUAUCAAUGCUACGAAAGUACAUACCAGACCCUUCACAUGUGCUAAAAGCAUCAAACAUCCGGUUGGACGAGAACUUAACCUAUGAAGAGGAACCAAUGUUUAUAAUGGACAAACAAGUAAGGAAGCUACGUUCGAAAGAGAUGGCGACAGUGAAAGUAGCAUGGAAAAAUCACUCUAGCGAGGAGGCAACAUGGGAAGACGAGAAGGUGAUGCAGCAUAAUCACUGGAAGGAGGGUGGAGCUAUUUCGACGGAAGUACUGUGA